AUGGAAGCGCAGCAGCAUCGCCUGACGACGGCCCUCGUUCUGCUGCUUGCCGCCGUGCUCUUCUCCGUCGGCGCGCAGUCGUCGGAGGCGCACGGGGCCGCCUCCCUCCACCCGGUCAUACUGCUCCCGGGUUACUCCUGCGGCCAGUUGGACGCGCGGCUCACCGACGAGUACAAGCCUCCGACGCCCGGCUGCGGCGUGCCCAAACAGGGGCGCCGCUGGUUCCGGCUGUGGGAGAACUACACGGCGCUGCAGGAGGACCCCGCGCUCCUGCCGUGCUACGAGGACCAGCUCCGGCUCGUGUACGACCGCGCCGCCGGUGACUACCGCAAUUUGCCCGGCGUGGAGACCCGUGUCGUGUCCUUCGGCACCACCCGCAGCUUCUUCUUCGACGAUCCCGCCAUAAAGAACACCUGCAUGGAGAGGCUCGUGGAGGCACUGGAAGGCGUCGGAUACACAGAGGGAGCCAACCUGUUCGGCGCCCCGUACGACUUCCGAUACGCGCCGGCGGCGCCCGGCGUGGCGUCCAGGGCAUUCGCCGACUUCAGCUCGAGCCUGAGGCUCCUGGUGGAGCACGCGAGCGUGACGAACGGGAACAGGCCGGUCAUCCUCGUGACGCACAGCUUCGGCGGCCUCUACGCCACGGAGUUCCUCAACCGGAGCCCCCUGCCGUGGCGCAGGAGGUACGUCAAGCACUUGGUCAUGCUCUGCCUCGGCGUCGGCGGCUCGCCGGUGAUCAUGCAGGUCCUCGCCUCCAGCACGAGCAGCCCCAGCCCGUCGACGACGCUGCUGGGCAGCGUGCUGGCGUUCGGGAACAGGAGCUUCGCCAGCACGCUCUCCCUUCUGCCGUCCCCGAAGGUGUACGGCGACACGCCCCUCGUGAUCACGCGAGCCAGGAACUACUCGGCCAAGGACAUGACUGAGUUCCUUGCCGCGGUAGGCUUCACCGACGACGAGGUCCAGCGGUACCGAACAAGGGCGCUGCCGGUGACACUGAAUUUCAGGGGGCCACUCGUGCCGAUGACGUCUAUCAAUGGCGUUGGUGUGCCGACGAUCGACAGGUUGAUCUACUGGGAUGGCAACUUCAGUGCCAAGCCUCAGGUGGUAAACAGUGACGGCGAUGGGAUUAUCAGCUUGGACACCGUGCUGGCUCUGCAAACUUUUGUCGGGGAUGACCCGGAUCAACGCUACUUCAAGUCCGUUUUGAUCCCCAACAUGACGCACACCGGUAUGAUCUCAGAUCAUUCUGCGCUCAACCGCGUGGUUAAAGAAAUUCUGGAAGCAAACCAAGCCACUUCUUCAUAG